AUGACUUCUAUCGACAAGACGGGCUGUCAGCUGUGCGGCGUCACCUUCAACAUCAACCGGAUCCGCGCCCACAGCGAGCCCCGGAGCGCCGCCUGGGGCAACUCGUACGUCAGCAAGCACAAGAGCCGGGACUGGGUCGCCGUCACGGGGAGCGACGCGGCGGAUUGUCCGGAUGGCGGGUGCGCGGCGGUGUAUCGGGGGAGGCCGCCCGGGGAGCUGCAGUUUUGCCUGAGGCUGUAUGAGGAGGAUCCGGAUGAUGCUACGUAUGUGCCUGAGAGCGACGAGGAGGGUGGGGAUGAUGAUGAUGAUGAUGAUGAGCCGUUGGAAUAUGAUUCGGAUGCGGAGAAUGAUGGGGAGGAUGAGGUCGAGAUGGGGUUGGCAGAUUCUCAGGAGUGUGAUGGUGACACAGACGAGGACUCGCAGUCGGGAGAUCAGUGGUUUUUCACGGCCAGCGGCCUCGAACCUCAACCAGAGUACGACACGGACUUUUUGCCGCUGAGCGCGCCCUACGAUCCAGACGGCGGUGCGAAAGACGACGACAUUGAUGUCGACAUGCACAUCAUGGCGCUCCCGACGGCUCGCAGAUACGAGCACAUUGCUGGUCCUGGCUGCUGCAACCUCCGUGGGUACCAUGGAGACAGACUGUCCCUCGACGAGAUGAUGGACUGCCAUACCGUGCAGGGGCUCUACAAGAAGACGGACGACUGGACGCCGAGCGACGACGAUAUGGACUUUGAGAGGGAGUCUAGGCAGUACCAUCUUACGGGGCUUUCGGAUUUCAUGCCGCCCAAUGGGGGAGACGUGCGAUGCGCGCCGAUUCGUGGAGGAGCGGUCUGGUUCAAUGCGUCUAAUCUGAGUGAUACUUGGAAGGAUCUUUUCGGAUGGGGAACCUAUGUCCUCCCCUUUCACCCUACGUGUUUCGAGAUCUUCAUCAGGAUAAGCAAGCAGCGCAUGGGCACGGUGAGCCUGGACUCGCUCAUGAGGCUCGAGUGCAACGGCUCCCGCAACAUGUUUGGCACACGGCAUCCCGACGUCGUCGACGCCCGGAACAGGGGCUGGAAGUGGGCCUGUCUGCUUGGAUCCGAGUACCUCGCUGCGAAUCCCAUCUUCAUCCCCGGCUUCAGGGAGAUUUGCGAGGCUGCCAUUUCAGACGCAGAGGAAUUUGACAGUCGAGGGAGUCCAUUCCCGGAGCGGAUGGAGGAGGAGGAGGAGCGAGCUGUUGUUGAUUCCAGGGCGCGGGGUGAUCCGUUUUGGAAGUUGCCUACGGAGUUGAACCAUGCGAUUGCUUGGACGCUCGAUUCAAAGGAUAUCGCUGCGCUGCGACUGGCGUCGAGGGCGUUUUACCAUUUACCGAUGACGUUGUGGCAUACGCUCCUGGUUCGAGAGAUGCCGUGGGUGUACGAAGCGUGGUGCGAUGAUGACGCGACGCCGUAUCCCUGGGCCAUGGCGGAUGCUUCGUACCUGAAGCAGAAGCGUGAGCUGGAGGAAACGUAUACCACCGAGCGACUCCGCAGGGCACACGUCCUGAGGACGACGGAGCCCGACUUUUAUCCCAUCUGGGAGGAGAAGGAGCCCAAGACUCCAGUCAUGCCGCCCGAGCUGGAAGCGCAGACGAGGGCGUUUUUGGAGAAGAAGAGGGCGAUGAUGCCGGUGAGGAUGCCGAGGGAGAAGACGAACUGGUAUCAGCUGUAUACGGAUAUCAGAAAGAAUGAGGCAAGACUGAAGGGGUUGAAGAACAGGAGGCGGAUAUGGAGCGUUGUGGAGGAGAUUGUGGUGAAUGUGAAGAGGUGCUGGGAGGAUUCGCUCGGGGAGAUUUCUGAGGAGGAGGAAGAAGAGAUGUUUGAUGAUGCUGAUGAUGAUGAUGCUGAUGCUGAUGGCAUUUAG